AUGGAGAAACAAGUGGAGGAGCUGAGACAGCAGCUGGAGAAACAGUGUGUGAUCAACCAGGAGCUGCAGAGACAGAACAAAGACCUGGAAAGACGACUCCAGGAGAAAGAAAAACUGCUGCAGGAGUUGCAGAGUCAGUAUCAUGACCUUGAGUUUACGCCCCAGAGCAGUAAUGAAAUUGAACCGGAGGUCAGGAAGAGCCGUGCUGCUGUCAUGGCCCCAGAGCCAAUCCCCGAGAACCUGGAGAUUACACGCACCAGGGUGAAAAAAACUGUCAGUGAGACAAGUCUCAUCGUCAAGGCCAUCCAGAAGAAUGACUUCCUGAGUCGCCUCGAUGAUGAGCAAACAGCCAUGAUGGUGGAUCUCUUGGUGGCAUGUGACCUCAGCCCUGCGAAUGAGGUCAUUAAAGAGGGCACCGAAGGAGACAGCAUGUACAUAGUGGCAGCUGGUGAGCUCGCUGUGACCCAGGCAGGCCGGGACCUCCGGACCCUCACUAGUGGCGAUGUGUUUGGGGAGCUGGCCAUCCUGUACAACUGCAAACGCACAGCAACAGUCAAAGCGAAGACUGUGGUGCGUCUGUGGUGCAUGGAAAGACAGACCUACAGGACCAUCAUAACCAACAAGUCCAAGAAGAAGCGGGAGCAGCUGAUGGGCUUCUUGAAGACGUCUCGCACUCUGAAGGACCUGAAUGAUGUCCAGUUGUCCAAAAUAAUUGACUCCAUGGAAGAGGUGAAGUACCAGGACAAAGAUGUUAUAGUGCGAGAAGGAGCUGAAGCAGACACGUUUUACAUCAUCCUCAAAGGAGAGGUUCUGGUGACUAAGAAUGUGAACGGGCAUCAGAAGCAGAUUCGUAGGAUGGGAAAAGGGGAGCAUUUCGGGGAACAGGCCCUCAUACGGGAGGUCCUGAGAACUGCCACGUGCACAGCUGACGGCCCUGUUACUUGCUUUUCCAUUGACAAGGAGGUAUUUGAGGAGACGAUUCCUGUUGAACACCUGGAGCUUUUUGAUGACUCGAAGGUGCUGCAGCAGGCAGAUGCCCCAGAGAAGUCGAGUCCCAGCUUGACUCUGAAGUUUAAGGAUCUGGUCCCUGUGCUCUACCAGGAGGGUCGCUAUCAGGGAGAGCCUGUCACCCUCGGUGUGGGAGGCUUUGGCCGCGUUGAACUGAUGACCACACUGAAUCAUGGGAAAUACUAUGCCAUAAAGCGGGUCAGCAAGAAGCUCAUUGUUGCCAAGAGACAGGAGGAGCACGUCCUGUUUGAGAAGAAGAUCCUAAAAGGCAUCCAGAGCGACUUCAUUGUCAGACUUCAUGCAGCGUUCAAAGACACGCGCUACAUCUACAUGGUCAUGGAGUUCUGCGGUGGUGGGGAGAUCUGGACCAAACUCAAAGAAGUAGGGCGUUUUGACGAGGCCAUCGCUGUGUUCUGCACCGCCUGUGUGGUGGAGGCCUACGCUUACCUCCACAAGAAGAGCAUCAUGUACAGAGACCUGAAACCUGAGAACCUGAUGCUGGAUGCAAGGGGCUAUGUCAAACUGGUGGACUUUGGCUUUGCCAAGGAGUUGGUGCGCGGUGAGAAGACCUACUCAUUUGUCGGCACUCCUGAGUACAUGGCCCCAGAAAUCAUCCAGAACCAGGGACAUGACUUUGCAGUUGACUUCUGGUCCCUUGGCAUCCUGAUCUAUGAACUGCUGGUGGGAAGCCCUCCCUUCUCAAGUUCAGAGCCCCAGAAGAUCUAUGCCAAGAUUUUGGAUGGGGUGCUCAAGUACCCACCGUACCUGAGCGAAGCAUCCAAGUCCAUCAUCAGUAAAUUGUGCAGGCCACGGCCCGGUCAGAGGUUAGGGAACACCAAGAAUGGAAUCAAAGAUGUGCGACACCACAGGUGGUUCAGCAGUAUCAAUUGGCACAAGCUGCACGUGGGCCAGGUUGAUGCUCCUACAGUCCGGCUCAUACGCAAGGGCCCCUGCUACAUCAACUUUGAUCGUUUCCCUCAUGAUCAGGCCAAAGCAGAUGAGGAGUUCUCUGGAUGGGACCGUGACUUCUGA